AUGGAAGACGAAGAUGAAGUAAGUCGUACUGGUUCAAUCAGUGAAUCAAAUGAUUCAUCUUAUAGACCUGAUUCAGAUACUUCUGAAAACAGUAAUGUAGAAGAUAAAAAUAAUUCGAAAACUUCGAUGAUAGACAAAAAUCAAGAUUUACAAAUUUCUAAAACAUCACAUAAUACAACUCUAGAAAGGUCACUUUCUCCUAGACAUGCGCCAGAUGACACAAAUAUGUUUGUAAAAACUGUUGAAACUGGAAAUAAGAAAGAUUUUUGUGUUUAUUGCCACACGGAACAAUCCAAACUGAGUCGUCAUCUCAGUAGAAAACACAGCAAUGUAAAAGAAGUAAAGGAUAUCUUAAAUAUUCCUAGGGGACAACCAGAGCGUAGAAUCUUAUUUAACAAAAUUCGUAAAAAUGGACAUUAUCUUUUUAAUACUAAUUCAGAUGUCAAUACAGGUGAAUUAAAAGUUAUGCGACGUCCUAAUGUUAAAUAUAAUAAAAAUGCUAGUGAUUUUUCUAUAUGCCCUCAAUGCAAGGGUAACUAUUCCAAAUCAGCUCUUCGACAUCAUUAUAGAAGAUGCAAUAAACGAAAUUCUACAUACAAUAGAACUAUAUUAUCCAAAUCAAGGAAAAUUACUGGUCGAAUUCAUGAAUCUGCGUGUAAAAUUCUCCGGGAACGCGUUUUUCCAACAUUGAGAGAUGACGAUGUUACAAGAAUUAUAAGAUAUGAUGAAUUGGCUAUUAAUUUUGCAAAUAAACUAUGUGAAAAAUUUCAAGAUCCUCACUUUUAUGACAUGAUACGACAAAAAUUGCGUCUGAUUGGUCGUCUCUUUCUUGAAAUAAAGAAUCAAAAUGAUAAAAUCGAUGAUCUCUUUACAAUUUUUGUACCAGACAAUUAUGAUAACUGUCUCAGAGCUGUUAGAACUUUAGCAGGUUUAAAUGAGUUAGGAACUGGCUUUAAAACCCCGUCAGUAGCAACAUCUUUGGGUACUUUACUAAAACAACUUUGCAAGCGAUGCAUUACCGUAAUGAUAAAGAGAUGCGAUAAAGAAAAACGAAAACUUGCAGAACAAUUUUUAAAUCUAUUAGUAGAAGAUUAUUCAUCUUCUAUUGCUCGAACAGCUGUUGAAACACUGCAUCAGAAAAAAAGAUACUCCAAAAAAUUACUACCAUCUCAAGAUGAUAUUAAGAAAUUAGAAACUUAUUUAAAUGAUACACUAAAAACAGCUUCCGACUCAUUAAAGCAAACAUUUUCUUUAAAUACUUGGAAAACGUUGGCAGAAUGUUGUUUGCUGUCUAUCCAGUUAUUUAACCGACGUAGAUCUGGAGAAAUCGAACGUGCUUUAAUUGAAGAUUUUCAGAAUUAUGAAUCAGUGAAUGAAAAUACAGUAGGUACGUCUUACCUAUCGCUUAGCAAUGAAGAAAAGAAAGCAGCACAAAAAUAUGUUCGAUUCACUAUGAGAGGGAAAUUAGGCCGCACUGUACCGGUUUUACUUCAUAGGCAAAUGUUAGAACAUUUACAAUUACUUCUAAGUCAUCGUGAAACUGCAAAAGUUCAUCUAAAAAAUCCAUACCUUUUCGGAAUACCUGGCAUAUUAAAGGGAGAUUAUCGUUACUUAAGAGCAUGUGAGCUUAUGAGAAAAUAUUCACAGGAAUGUGGAGCUUCAAAUCCAAAUACAUUGCGAGGAACUAAUUUAAGAAAGCACAUAGCUACUAUGUGCACUAAUUUAAAUUUAAGAGAUCAUGAAGUUUCUGAUUUGGCUAAUUUUAUGGGUCAUGCGGAUAAAGUACACAAAGAACAUUAUCGGCAGCCUAUUUUAAGUAGAGAAAUAUUCCAAGUGUCUAAAUUAUUAGAGAUUGUACAUGGAAAAGACAAUGAUGAAGAAGCAGAGGAAAUUGAUAUAGAGCAAAAUAAUUUUCAUCAAAGUAUAUCGUCGCAAGAUAGUAAUUCUAUAUAA